CAUUUGUUCCUCUCACUCCACACAUUCAUAGUUUAACUCCUGACUUUCCAACUUACACGUUAAAUCUGAAGUGGAGUGAUAACGGAUCAGUCUUCCCAUACAGACUGGAUGCUUUUUGGCAGAUUGAGAUACUCUGUAAAGAAGCAAUGGAAAAAGUCACACAAGUAACUUACUAUUCAAAACUGACUCAUGAAGACAUUCUUUCUUGGAACUGGACAUCAGAUAUGCCUUUGGAGUGUACAUCGCACUAUGUGAAGAUUCACUGUUACAUUAAUGUAACACAGUUUGUUGGCCCCAAGGAUUGGAGUGACUGGAGCCCAGUAGAAGAGGUCCCUGGAAAAGAUACCGAGUCCAAUGGGAGUGGGGUGUUUCCUCAGGACACCGUGGUGGCAGUAGGUUCAGAUGUGAAUGCCCCUGAUAUUCCCCAAAACCUCAGCUGUGAAACGUCCAACUUCCUGAUAAUAAAAUGCAUCUGGAAACCAGGAAGAUCCAGUGGACUAUAUGGAAAAUGAAGAACAAAGUACAGUUUAUUUGAAAGAAUAUCUGGUAAAAAUGUUUCAUGGGAAGUAAAUGAAAUGAACAGAGAGCGUGUCUGUGGCUUUCCAGUAUUGGCUGAUCAAAAAACCUAUGAUUUCAUAUUAGGCGUUUCCAAUCCUAUCGGGCAAACAGAGUCAUCGCUUUUGAUUGAUUUAACUCAGAGAGUUCAUCCAAAAAAUCCAGAAAAGUUAACUGUUUCUGGGAACAGCUCUACAAGCAUCCAUCUGUGUUGGUUUAUAAAUGGCAGCUUUGCUGACAUCAGGCUUCUGUGUCAAAUUGAAAUUAGCAGUGGUCACUCUGAGCAAAAACUGCACAAUGUCUCUGUGCCCGGUGGAAAAUUCUCAACUUACACGGCUCAGCUGAACAUAUUGCACCCAUAUACCAAAUACCAGUUCAGGGUGCGCUGUUCGGCUGCUGACCACUUCUGGAGAUGGAGUGACUGGAGCAGGAUAGAGGAGCACACAACACUGGAAGCCUGUAACUACCCCCCAGGACCAGAUAUCUGGAGAGAGAGAAGUCCUUCUGGAAAAAGUCUAAAAAUCUUCUGGAAGCCCUUAUCCCUUUCUGAAGCCAAUGGAAAAAUAGUGUCUCAUGAAGUGUCCUGCUACCUGCUAGAGACACCAUUGGAGUAUAAAGAAGUCACUGAACCCUCAAACAGUACUGAGAUAAAACUUGGAAAAAAUGACUGUGUAAUUACCGUUGUAGCCAAAAACCAUGCAGGUUUGUCUCCUCCUUCAAGGAUAACGAGCAUAGAACUUCCAAGUG